GCCAAUAACCAUUUUAAGAAAAAUUAUAAAGUGGUUGUUGGAAUUAACGCGUUUUUCUUGAUCUUUAUUCAUUAUUGCAAUACUUUUUAAAAUUUUUUAGCUGGUCUAUAAUCUGUGUUUGAAGCGUAAUAUAUUUACGCAACAAAUGUAAAUAAAACUAUUAUGCAUGUCGUAACCGUUUAAAGUAAAGAAUGUGCAAGAGAAAGUUGCGUUAUUUCUGAAAUUUUAGACUUAUCUUUUGAACCUAAAUACUUAAGAAAAAUAUUACAGAAAGUCUGCCUCUAAAUUCCUAUUAUCAAUGGCUUUGUGGGCCCGUGUACAACAGCUGCAUGGAGAAGCCUUGCAACAAGUUGGAAUGGCAUAUCAGGAUGCUUUCCCCAUUGAUGUGCGAUGUGCUUUGGCUCCUUGGAUUGAGGAACAAAAUUGGGCCGAGUUAGAUCCAGAUAAUCCUCAACACGACAUCUAUAUUGCUCAAGUUGUGAAUGCGUUCUUUUCUGAGUUGGAAAAUAAACUAGCUUCAGUUGAGGACUUUUUAAUGCGUAUAAAAUUAACUGAAGCGGCCAACGAAUUUAGGGCUAAAUACUCAAGCCAACCACAGCAACUAGUAAGAGUGAUCAAACAUUGUCUAAAUACUGAAAUGAGGAUAGUUCAACAUGCUGAAGAUUUUAUGAGGGGUGUUUCAAGUGCAAUUCAUCUUGCUCCUGAUCCAGUUCAAGAAAUUAAUCUUGCACUGGACAAAUUGAGACAGAAAGCACAGGAAUCCGGAGAAGAUUUAAGAAAGAUGCUACAGUGCCAGGAAGCGUUUGUCAUUCAGUAUCAGGAGAGCUCAAAACGACAAGCCUGCUAUUGGAAUGGACCUCAAAUGCAACAAAGCCAGGAUGUUGAUUUCAUAACCAAAGCUCAAAAAGAAAAGCAUCUGUAUGAUGCUGCAGUGAGAAAUCAAAUUCAGGAAUUAAUUCGCUUAAGAAUGAAACUGAUUGAUGGAUUCCAUUCUACCUUUAUGGAUCUCAAUGAAUUACAAAAAAGAGUCCUUGAUACAGAACUAAUCAAGUGGAAAAGAGCUCAACAGUUAGCCGGCAAUGGAGAACCAUUUCUUAACAAUCUUGAUCAAAUCCAGGAGUGGUGCGAAGCUCUUGCUGAUAUUAUUUGGCAAAACAGACAGCAGAUCAGACAAGUCGAAACUUUGGCUAGCCAGGUUCCUCUUAACAUACCUGGCAAUGUGAUGGAAAAGUUACCUGUUUUAAAUAAUCAGAUAACAGGUUUAUUAAGUUCUUUGGUUACUAGUACUUUCAUAAUUGAAAAACAGCCUCCUCAGGUUUUAAAAACAAAUACUCGGUUUGCAGCAACUGUUAGGUUGCUGGUAGGAUCAAAGUUGAGUGUUUAUAUGACACCACCUCAAGUAAAAGUUACCAUAAUAAGUGAAGCACAGGCUAUUGCACUCCUAAAAAAUGAUAAAGUUGGACCAGGGGAAGCCAGUGGAGAAAUUUUAAACAAUAUGGGAACAAUGGAAUAUCAUCAGGCUACAAGGCAAUUAAGUGUCAGUUUUCGAAAUCUUCAACUUCGAAAAAUAAAAAGGGCAGAGAAGAAAGGAACAGAGUCUGUAAUGGAUGAAAAAUUUUCAUUGCUUUUUCAAUCUCAGUUCAAAGUUGGUGGAGGUGAACUGGUCUUUCAAGUCUGGACUUUAUCUCUCCCAGUUGUUGUCAUUGUUCAUGGUAAUCAAGAUCCACAUGCUUGGGCUACUAUCACAUGGGAUAAUGCAUUUGCUGAGCCAGGACGUGUACCAUUUCAAGUACCAGAAAAGGUUAGUUGGAAGGAAGUAGCUGAUGUAUUAAAUACGAAAUUCAAAGCCAACACUGGACGUUCACUUUCAGAGGAUAAUUUGCAGUUCUUAGCUGGCAAAGUUUUUCGAAGCUCAGGAUUUAUAGAUCCUUCUGCAAUGGUGACCUGGUCACAAUUCUGUAAGGAACCUUUACCUGAAAGGAACUUUACAUUUUGGGAGUGGUUUUAUGCAACUAUGAAAGUUACACGAGAACAUCUGAAGCAUUUAUGGACAGAUGGACUUAUAAUCGGAUUUAUAGGAAGACAUCAAGCAGAAGAAAUGCUUCUGAAAAAAUGCACUGGCACAUUUUUGCUCAGGUUUAGUGACUCUGAAGCUGGGGGAGUUACAAUUGCUUGGGUAACAGAUUCUCAGACAAGAGAAGGGCAAGAAGUUCUAAUGAUCCAGCCUUUUACAUCCAGAGAUUUUACUAUUAGACCAUUGGCCGACAGAAUAUAUGAUCUCAAGCAUUUGCUGUUUUUAUAUCCUGAUAUUCCUAAAGACCAGGCUUUUGGGAAAUAUUAUACACCAUACACAGGUGACUCUAAUGCAAAUGGAUAUGUAAGACCAGUUUUGGUGACACAUCUACCAGCCUUGUCAAAUGCAUAUGGAUACGACAGCUAUCCAAACACUCCACAGUCUACUCUCCAGUCACCUGAUCCUGGCUAUCAUGAUUCUCAUAGCUCCGAUAUGCAGGCUGGGGCCCAGUUUCCUGAAGUGGACUACGAUCUCCUUAACAUGGAAUUCGCCCCAGAAGUGGACGAGCCUGUUGACUUUUCAAGCAUUAAUGUUUGUGAUCUUGUCGCCUACACUCAUACAUCUUGAGAUGCCAAAUUGACCUCUUUAGAACAUGGUCUUAGCUGGCCAUUUAGUACUAUCUAUGCUCACAUGUGAAAUCCUUUCAGGAACUGAAUUAAAGGUGCAUUCUGGUCUGGACUUAGGCAAUAAUCAUUUCUUACCUCCUCAGAUAUAAUUAUUAGCAAUGAGGGAAGGAUCAUUAACUGUUCCACAAUAACUGCCUUCAUUCUUUUUUUUGUUUAUUUGUAAAUCAUACAAAUGUUGUGGUCAUUUAUUUUGCUUGUAAGAUAGGACUAUUUUUGAAUAAGCCAAAUAGCUCUGAAUAAGUUAAUAUUUAAUACAAUGGUAACCUUAAAUAGCAACUAGGUUAUCAUUAUGUCUUCAUAGUUAGUUCAAGGCUUUUGAACUCUGACUUUUCUUCAUGAGGGUUCUUGUAAUAUUCUUGCACAUUUGUAAGCAAAACGAAGAACACAAAUUAAAUAUGAGCAAUUUUCAUAAGGCCCUGCUUUUAAGAUUUAAUUAUUUUAAGUAUUAUGGAAUGCAAAGACUUAGUUUCCAAAUUCAUAGUGGGGAAUCAAAAUUUAAUUAAUGAAUUUAACUUCAUAAGGUCCGACUGUAUUGAAGUAAUAUAUUAUCAUUGAAAAUACACAAAUGAACUAAUUUUAAAAGCUUCAAAGAGUGAGUGGAAAUUCAAUUCUGAGAUUUUAUCUUUACCAUUUGAUAGAAAUUUAGUUUUCAUAAUUAUAAUAAAUUUAACUUGAAAGCCUUUGUUAAAAAUUGCUAAAACUAUUUGUAACUUAAUGAUAAUAAUAAUCCACAUUUUACUGUAAAAUUAUUCUUAUUCAAAUAAAUUAUUUUGGAAAUCUGUUUACUUUUUAAAUUUCUUUAAAAAUUAAAUUUCUUUCUUUCUUUCUUUCUGUUUAAAUUUCUUUAGUUAUAAAAUUGGCUCUUUGAAUUUCAUGUAGUUAAAACUAUUAUCUGUAACAUAAGUUUAUUUUAUUUGAUUUUAAAUUGCAAUUAAAAAUGAAAAGUUUUAUUUCUAAACUGAAUUGGAUAUCUAUAUAAAAUAAUUGCUGUAGAGUGGCUGUAUAUUUGCUAAUUCAAUCAAGUUUGGAAAGUAAUUAUUUUAUUUCUUUUUUUUUAAAAUUACAUAUCUGUUUAAAAAAAUUACUUUCAUUAUUUACUGUUUAGUUUAAAAGUAGUUUUCUCUUUCAUUAUUUUCAAGCCUAUUCAUUUUGUAACUUGAAUUUUAUUUAAACCUUAACAAUUUUAAUUUGGUUCUUCCAAGUUCCAUUAUUAGUAAUGUUUCAUUUUCUAGUUUUUCAACUUUUCCACGGGACAUUUGAUUAAAUUUAAUUAAAUCUUAAUGCUAAAUUUAUUUUUUAAAUUGCUGAAUUAAAAUUUUUUUAUUUAAGUAUAUUAAAUUUAUAAUAUUUUAUUUUAUAUUGAAUGUAUUUGAAAGGAAUAUUUUUUGAAAUUCGCAACCAAAUGAAUCUUUCUAAUUCAAAAUAAAGAUUUAACUAAACAUUUAGCCCAUCAUUGUUUUGCUGAUGUUAAAAUAUUUUAUUUUCAUUAAGAGCUAAUAAAUGUGCAGAAUUUCAUAACUUUAGCAAAUUAAAAAGUAAGGGAAAAUCAAUUACAGUAUUUCCUUUUAACAAUCAUGAAGCAAGUUAAGGCAAAGAAGCCUUGAAAUAAUCCUGAAAACUUAAAAGUGGAAUGACUGACUGCUGGAUUCAUUUUCUGUAAAUCGAUUUCACUCCAUUUUACAUACCUGUUAACUUGUGAUCUUCUGAGAUAAUAUAUGUAUUUUUAGGUUAGGUUAUUUUAUCUGUAUUUAAUGAUUAGACAUCUUGUAUAAUCUUUAUGUAUAGUUGAAAAAAUCUAAAUCACCAGAUUAGUAAGGUUAAAGUAUGCUAGUCAAAAUAAGAUGUUUUGUCUUAGAAAGUUUUGGCUUCAAAUUUUAAAUGUUUUUCCACUAUCUCCAUAUAUGGUUUUUUAAUUUUUCCCCUUUUUAAUAAUAAUGUCUGGUUUAUUUUUAACAUAAAAAUUCAAAUAUAAGUUAGCAGGUAUGCACAUCUUUUCUUUGAAGUGUAUCUAGUUAGCAGCACACGCACAAACAUAAAACAAAAUCUCUUUAUUGACUAUAUUUUUAGCAACAAAGUAGAACAAAUUGAUAGUUUUAGAAAUAAAUAUUAAUUAUUUAAUAGGUUAAAUGUUAACAAUAGUUUUGCAUAUUAUCAUAGUGGGCAAGUAAAGUAAAUUGUGAAAGGCAUAUUAUUAUUCAGUGUACCAAUUAAUGUUUUUUCCAAUUUAAUAUUUUUUUUUUUAGUUAUAAAUGGUACACUUGAUAAUUUUUAGUGUUAAAUAAUUAAAAAUGUUUUGUUACAGAUAUUCAAAUUGCUGUAGAUAAUACAGUAAUGCAUAACUUUUAUCUCUUAUAUUGUCAAGAAUACAGGAAACCUGUAUAUUUUUUGAAAGUUUAAGAAGCAUUUAAAGAAAUGUUUCAAAGGUGUUAAAGAAAGUAGCAUAUUUAGAACAUCUAAAUAAGCUUUAAUUCAAUUACAUAGUUAAGUGUUAAGAAUCGCUAUGAAAUGUUAUUCAUCACAGCUAAAUUAUUUAUUGAGAGAAUAAAUGUAUUCUUGCAGUUCUGUAAUUAAUAAUUGUUGAUUUAUUUUCAGCAAAUAUAUUUAAGAAAAUAGCUUGUAGGUUUGUUAAUAUUAUUGUUAGUAUUAAAAUAGUUUAAUGAAUUCCUAUAAAAGCUGGAUGCUUAUUAAAAGAAUUUGGAAUAAAAGUGAUGGAAUAUUUUCUUUUUCUUGUUUUAAAAUUGAUUUUCAGUAUCUGCCAUUCUAUUCGUCCAUUUUUCUCUUUUACUCUGAAACCAUAAUAGCUUAACUUCUUUUAAAACUCUUUUAAGAACUAAACAUGCUGCAGGUGUAGAACAGUUUUAGUGGGAAAAGUUUAGGGAACAGCCCGAUACUGUCCAUAACAGAAAUUUCUCAAUAUUGGGCAAAUAAUCCCUUACCGUCCACAUAUCUUAAAAUAAUCUGUUUGUUUUAAUGUUUCCAAUAUGUAAAGAUUGUAUUUUAAAGUUAGUGACAGGAAAUAAAUUACCUUAUAUAGUCCAUCUGCCCAUAUCUGAAUCUUUUCUGGCAUUUUCGUCCCCUCUCCCUAAUUUGAUAUUUAUCAAGUAAAAGUUAAAAUUGUUAAUGAUUAGUAGAAGAAUUAUUUCAAUGUCUGAAUUUGGAACUAUUAAAUAUUUUAUUAUUACUUUAUUGGAUUUUUUUAAAAGAUUUUAUCGGAAUUUCCCUCAGUAAAUUUUGAAGCUUAAAUUAGUGUACUUGCUUUAUUUUUUAUUUUAUUGCAUUGUGUUCUUUUAAAGCAAUGCAUGUUUUUAAACAUUUUUUUUUAAUUUUAUGAUUGCUAGAGAUUUUUUCAUAUUUUCAGCAUUAUUAAUUUUUAAUCAAAAACGUUUGAUUUGCUUUUGCUUUAUCCAGGUGUUAUUCUCUUAAAUUUAUUGAUUAUUUUGAAACUUUAAUUUUAUACAUUUUUUCACUCCCCUCCCCCUUUUUUUCAGUUUCCUUUUUAAAAGCUUCAUUUUGUUUGUACAUACUUUGUCACUUAUUUUCACACUAUUAGUUUCAUUGUUUGACUUAUCUUCAAUUCCUUGCAUUUUGCAUGUAUCUCUCCUUCCCUACUCUUCUUAUUUCUCUAGUCGAAGAAAGUUCUUUUUAAACUGUGUAAAAAUAGCAAGUCUAGUUGUGUGAUAUAUGAUCAGAGUAUUGUGAUUAUCUGUUCUUUUGCAGAAAAAUCCAAUUUAACGCUUUAUUCUGCUGUUAGUUUUGUGUGUUUUUACUUCUGAAAGGUUUGAAAUAACCUUUUGAUUUAAAAAAUUGUUGGUGUUUAGUUGUAAAAUUUGACUAAUCCAAAGAUUUGUGUAUAUUGUUAUGUGUAUAAAGUGUUGGUAGGCAAGAUUAUAUUUUGCCAAAAUUUGAAUUCUGAAACAGCAGAAUGUGUUGUUUGUUAAAGCUUAAAACUUUUAAGGGGCAAUUCUAUUUUGUAAAUUUGACAGUUUAUACUUCUGGAUAUUGUGAAUUGCCUUAUGUGGCGAUGUGAUAGGUGAUAUUUAGCAUGUGUAUCACUAAAACAAAUCAAAAAUCAAAUCUUAAUUAUUGAUUUAUUAAAUCCUAUCUAUAAAUUUUAAAAAUUAUUAGAUCAGUUAUCAAAUUUUUAGAGUAUUGGAUAUUUUAGUUUCUUACUCGUUUCUUAAUUUUACUUGUAAACUAUUUCUUUUUCUAGUGGAAGAUAUUAGUAAAUCACUGUUUAAAUGUGCAUUGCAAAGUUUUAUUGUUGUUGACAUUUUAAAGAAUUUGCUGGAGUCAUGUUAACAUUUUCAUAAUUUUGUACAUACAUUAAUUUGUGUUUCCACCGAUAUUUGGAGAGUGUUAGGUUGCAAUUUCAUUAAUAUUUUGUGUUAUUUUUAAAUGCACACAUAAAUGACACAUAUGAAUAUUGAAUUUGUGAUAAAAUAUUUUUCAUUUCCAUAUGCUUGAGUCAUUUUUUUUUCUAGUACUGAAAUGGAUGUAUUUGAUCAUUUUUAGCUUGCUGAUAUUAAAAUCCAAAAAUCAAAUCAA